UUUGAGAUGCUUUUUCAAUCCACCAACUUCCAUAACUCUGCAGUACUGCUCCAACGUUCUUCCAAAUCCCCUUUUUUGAUUCCCCAUUUUCGACCACCCAAUCCCCAAUUUCUUCCCCCAUUCCUUCACAGAUCUCGAAACCUCACGCCAUGGAAGCUCUCAUCUCCCAGUUCACCUUCCUCUCCGAUCAAGCUCUGCAGGACAAGAAUUUCGACCCCUCCACCAUCGAAGGCCUCAUGAAGCUCUUCGAGAUCGAAGCUUACAAGUCCUGGGCCGCCGUGGAGCUCCAUCAGCAGGAGGAGACUCGAGACGCUGAGAUCUCGAUGCAGCAGGCUGAGGAUUAUCUCGAUUCCGUGAUGGACGACGCCAUGGAUGAGUUCAGGAGGUUCGAGGAGGAGUUCGAUCGGAUGGCCGAGGCCGAGCUCGCCGACCUGGUUGCCAAGUCGGAGAAGGCUCGGAAGAUGGGGAGAUUAAUGGAGAAGGCGGCGGCGAUCGCGUCCAAGAGGUAUAUGGAAGCCGCCAUGAACUCCGCCACCGCUUCCAUGAAAUCGGCCUGGAAGACGAUUUCGUCUAAUAAGGUUCAUCCUUCUUGAAGCCGCCUCACCUCACAUAUAUCUCUCUCAUAAUUAUUACUUGCUUUUCAUUUCUUGGAGAAUUGAAAUAUCUGAAACUUGGAACACCAAUCUACAAUUUCAACAUGUACUCUGCUUUCGAAAAGGAAAAUUAAAUGCAUAAGUAACUACAAGUUCAUACA